AUGUCCCACCAACAACCUACUAUUGACCCUACCAGGGUCAAUUUCUACCAGGAACUAAGAGAAGCUGUCGGCGCCGAGGCACUACAGACCCUUGACCCCUCGACCGUUGGCGCUUCUCAGCUCGAAAGUUUGAAGCCAGCACCCGGCACUUCUACCACAGUGCCGGCAAAAUACACAUGUGCGACGCAGAAACCCAUACCCACAACUUUCCAAGGGAGUGCCCACACAGCGGCACUUCAGGUUGGACUUGGGAAGAUUAUUCCACGCUGGAAGACUGGCCCCGAUAAAUCCGUCAAUUUUGCGGCCUUUGCAAACGGGUAUCCGAAGCCAGAGUUGGCACUUAUCGCUGCCCAAGCGUUAAAGCAAGCAGCUGACGAAUGGAACAAACUUGAACUAGGCGUGCAACUCAAAUGGGUAGCUAAAAUUGAAGAUGCUGCAUUUGUCCUCUCCUUCGCGGGCAAUCAAGAUGGAGUCCUCGCCGAGGCGUUUUUCCCGAAUGAGAAGGACCUGAACGUGCUUAACGUAUACAAUGCAGCAUUCCAACCAGGUACUGUGCAGUACCUGAAAAAUAUUUUCUUGCACGAGCUUGGUCACGUCUUGGGUCUCCGUCAUGAGUUUGCGCCAGAGCUGGAGGAUGAAGCAGACAACUAUACCGUGCAAAUUGGCCCACGUAACCCGCUCUCGGUGAUGGGGUAUGAGUUCCCGCCUCAGAUACAACCUUCUGACGUGGAGAAUGUGAAAGCAUUCUACAAAUUUCCCGGAAAAGCUCUUGGAUGGAAAGAAGCAUACACCGAAACUCCGAAAAAGUCGAUGUUGUUGAUUAAGGACUAUGAUGCAAACAACUGA